CGCCGCAAACUUAACGGGACGAGAAUGUCAGUCGUCAACAUGAUGUGGCACAUCGUAAAGCGGCCACUGUAAUUUUAAGUUUUUUCGUAAUUCUGCCGAAUUUCUCGGCACGAAAUAAUUAUGUAAUAAUAAGAAUCGUUUGAUAAAUAAUCGUCUGCCGUACCGAAAACACGCAAAUAGUACAAAAUCGCGAAAAAACCCGUUGCCGAAACUCGAGUUUUUAAUAACGACCAAAUAUACCGUAUCGUUUAAUCGGAUUUACUUAAAGGCUGUGUUACACAUCGUAAAUUAUAAACGAAAUGGAAUCCGUAGUACCAGAGUUUGAAGAACUGAUGUUGUGUGGGUAUUGUAAGCAAAAGUUCAACGAAACUGACCAAAGUCCCAAACUGCUGUCCUGCAAGCAUUACUUUUGUUUGCAAUGUAUGCGUACAAAUCUCACAAAAGGCCAGGAACUUUAUUGCGUAUACUGUUGGAAAAGGACUGAAAUUGGUGAAUUAGGACCAGAAUCCCUCCCAACCUACAAUCCUGUAUUGUGCUUGACAAAGAACUUUUCUCAACUGAAGUUGGGAGUAAAACCUCCGGACAAACCUGCCAAGGUGAUAUCAGAAAAUUGCCACACACACGCAAUGCCUUUGGCAUUGUGGUGUCACACAUGUUGCUCACCUGUUUGUCGAGCAUGCGCCAAUACAACCGAUCACUCAUCUCAUCAAAUUAAAUCGCAGAAUGAAGCUAAAGACCAAUUGAUUGCCGAACUGCAGAUCGACUUGGCUUCUAUGAACAAAAUGCUAUCCGAGAUCCAAAGACUGGCUAUGCAACAACGUGAAUUCUUGCUUAAAAUUCUAGAGGCUUGUGUUACGUUAAAAACACACGUUGAAGCCGAUUUGACUAAUAAUGCGUCACACUUUGAAUUGACUGAAACGAGGGAUACUUUAGCCAAACUACGACUUAAUCUUUCUAUGGCCGAAAAUUUGUCAGACGUCCAUAAUUUGUACUCGAGCGUAAACGUCGAAAAGCAACGCCUGCAACUUCGUUACCAGGAAAUGUACCUGCAGUGUCAACUAGAUGAUCUUAUUCGAAACUCGAGCGUUAUAUUCGAUUUUCAACUUCUGAAGCAAGCCCUCGGUCAUAUACACAAUGGCGAAUCAGUAUACCCAGGAAACUCCCGUGUUCUGUCCGGUUCCCAACAAAAUCCUAUAUUAUUCUUGGCAAACUACUGCAUGUCUCAAUUAUACUCCCGACACAUGCUAUCAAAACAAAAUUCCAACGGGUCUCUCGACUACCAUAACCACAACUCAGUACCUUCGAUUAAUUAUCUUCCUCAGAAUCCCCCACCUAACCUCGUGAUUCCUGCUCCUAAAAAUAUUUACCAAGAAAAUAAUUUGAUGAUGCAAAAUGUCAUACAUUCUCCUCAAAUGCGUAACCCAGCAAAUAUGUGUCCACUCUAUUACUUCAACAUAGAUGUAAACGGUACUCAGCUUGGUCGAAUAGUGAUUGAGGUACGUUCCGAUGUGGCUCCAAAAAUGGCAAAAAAUUUUGGGCUGCUAACCACAGGGGAAGCGGGUAUGGGAUAUAAAGGCUGCCACAUCUUUCAGUGCUGGGAAGGGGAAAGUGUCAUUACUGGUGAUUUUGAACUGAAUAAUGGUCGUGGAGGAAGAUCAAUUUUUGAAGAUUCUUAUUUUUUGCCAGAUGACACCAAACUGAUGGCCGUAAGGGGCACAGUAGGAAUGAGAAGAACACAAAAACGACAUGACAAUCUGGGUAUGGUAGGGUCGCAGUUUCGAAUAAUUUUACAAGAAAUGCGUGGUUUUACAGGAAUAUUUGGACAUGUUGUAGAAGGGCUAGAACUGGUCGAAAAAAUUAGUACAUAUGGGGACACUGCGGGUAAGCCCACAAAAAAUAUCUUAAUAUCAAAAUGUGGGAAACUAAACUAAAAUGAUAACGAUUUAAUUUUUAUUUCUUAACUUGAAAAAAUGAUGCCUACUUUUAUUUCUAGCUUAUUUUAGAAAGUGCUAAAGUAGUUUACUAUUGAUUAUAGAUGUUUGAACUCAUGUGUUAAUUUCCUGAAAAAAAUCGUAUAUGACUUCAAACAACUAUUAGAAGAAUAUUUUAAUAAUUUUUGUUUCCCACGAAAGUUUUACAUUUUUGAAGACCUUUCUCACACAAUAUUUUUCUCUGGACUAGUUUGGAUUUAAAAAAAAUAUUUUCAUAAUGUAGAGAGGGUGGUGUGAGAAGAGAAGCUUGCUUUGUGCUAUAUCUUUUCUACAAAAUAACCGGCCUGAAAGGGGAAGAAUAUUAUCUAUUUGAUGUUUGAUCAAACGACUUUAAAUACAAAAAUAACCGUACAAAAAAAAAUAGAUGUUUUAUAUGUGUAGCUUGAGUCAAACUGCAGUCUAUGGAAAAAAUUUAAACACGUUGAUAAGUACCGUCUUAGCUUAUAUAUGAAACUAUCGAAUUCCGAAAUAACUAUAUUUUCGUAUUGUAAUGAUAAAUAUCGUAAAAAAGCAAAGGAUAGAUAUUUUUUUUAUUGUUGUCGAUUUUUAGCUUAUGGUGAAAUUUAGCUUAUAAGUGUAAUUUGUUAUGUUUGUUUAGAAGAGAGCGAAAGAAAUGUUAAAGAUUAACAGAGUUUAAAAAUCAGAAUUUCGAAUUGCCAGGGAACUCCACAAUAUUUCCAUUAUUUUCCAUUUUUAAGCUGUAUUCGUAUCGAUAAUCUUUUUAUUCCAUUAUGUUUUGUGUUUUACUUUGUACUUUUUUAUAAUGAAAUGCUUCCUUU